CAUCAAGUAAUUAGGUGGAAAUUACUUUAUAAACCUAAAGCAGAGACCUACCAAACAAUAUGGUCCUGACUCGGUCCUACAUGGUAAUUGGUCGUGCAAUGCAUUAUCUGUAGCCAUGCGAAAUUAACAACUCCUGACCAUUUACAACAAAGUAUAGCCUGAAGUCUGGAGAGAAACUUCUCUGCAGAAGACAUCUAUAACAGUCCUUCCUCUUUAACCAGAAAAUCUAUCGGGUCUAUCUUGAAUUGUAUUAUUCAUUUUUGUUUUCUUUCCUUCUUAAACCAUUUUUAUCCGAUCCUCUAUAAUUUGGUUCCCUGAUUUUCUAGCUUUGAGCAAAUUAAAAGCAGCAUGGCUGAAGCGGUAAUUUCAAUCUUUGUCGGUCCUAUUGUCACGUCCUGUCUAGAGAAGUUGUCUUCUUUUCUCACGGAGAAGUAUUUCGAACUCUAUGGUGUCGAACAAGAGAUAGAAAAUCUGGAAAGGUUACUAAGAAAAAUUCAAGCCUCGGUUAAAGAUGUGGAAGAAAAUCCACGGGGUUCUUUGAUUUCUAACUCGAUGAGGGUUUGGCUUGAAGAUGUACGCGAAGCGGCUUAUGAUGCACAAAAUUUGUUGAACUCUUGGACGACAGAAUAUAACCUGCAGCUGGUGGAGAAGCAGGUAAAUAAACUCCGUCCUUCUUUUUUUAUUGCACAUAAGUUAUAUAACUUACGUGUAUCGGGUGAGCUAAAAGAAAUUGUGGCAAAGCUAGAUAAGAUUUACAAAGAGAAAAACGAGUGCCAUCCUGCUGGAGGGGUGGAUGUCCGGCGGGAAACUGGUUCUCUUCUAAACAAUUUAGUUGUUGGUAGGGAGAAAGAAAAAGAGGACAUGGUAAAAUUGUUGGUACCUGAUACUGGAGAAACCAGUGCAGGGGAAAACAUGGCUGUCAUUCCCAUUGUAGGAAUGGGUGGUGUGGGUAAAACUACUCUUGCUCGACUUGUCUUCGCAGACGACAGGAUAUCUAGAUAUUUCAAAAUUAAGAUUUGGGUUUAUGUCGGGGAUAAUUUUGACUUAAACCAAAUUUUGAAAGCGAUUGUACUAUCCCAGAGUAACGAUCAAGAGGUCGAUUUUGUCAACUUGGAGCUACUACAAACCCGAGUUGUAAAUAUCUUGGCUCGUAAGAAAUUUUUACUAGUUCUAGAUGAUAUCUGGAUUGAUGUUUAUCCAGAAUGGCAGAAACUGGAAAACGUCUUAAUUCGAGGGGGCAGGGGAAGUAGGGUUCUGGUAACUAGCCGACUCUCAACUGUUUCCAGGGUCAUGGGUGCAAAAGCCCCCUAUGAUCUACCAUGUUUCGAUGAUGAUGAAUCUUGGUCAUUGUUUGAAAAGGUUGUAUUUCAAGAAGGUAGUUCGACGGCCGAUGCACGUGAAGAAUUAGAAGCAUAUGGUAAAGAGAUUGUAAGAAAGUGCAAAGGUUUACCUUUGGCAGUCCAACAUAUAGGAGGUCUUCUACGUGGAAAUGUUGAUGUUCAAGAAUGGAGCAGGAUCGUGAAGGAACUAGACGAAGAAUCAAACUCCAAAUCUAAAAGCGACAUUAUUCUGUCUGUUCUUAGAUUGUCUUUUGAUCGUCUAUCUUCCAAUCUGAAGCGGUGCUUCGAAUACUGUUCCCUAUUUCCCAAGGCUUACGUAUUUGAUAAGAAUGACCUGAUCAAAUUAUGGAUGGCGGAAGGCUUCAUUGAGAGUAAUGACAUCGACAGAACAGAGGAAAUAGGAAGCAGAGACUUUGAUGAUUUGCUAAACAGGUUCUUCUUUGAAUGCUCAAGUGAAGAUAAGACAAAAUUUAGGAUGCAUGAUCUUAUUCAGGACUUGGCAAUAGAAGUCUCCAAACCCCUAUGUUUCCAAGUGAAGGAUAAGAAACUAACAAGUCGUGUGCCUAAACAUGUCUCUGUUUUUUGUAAAGACGCCGAGCAACCUGCUUUGGAGAUAAUUGAAAGAUGGAAGAAUCUACGUACGCUUCUAUUUCCAGUUGAACACCUGAAUGUUGAAAAAAGCCUAGAGCGAAGCUCAGUUUGCUCAAGGUGUUCGCUCGGAUGUAAAUUGUUUUGUGUGAUUUUCGGACAGGUUAGAGGCUCAACACUGAAAACUUUCGACCAGGUCCCUAGCAAAAUAUCGAGUUCACUGAGAUAUUUGCGAGUUCUUGACCUCAGUUCAAGUACAAUUGUGGCAUUGCCAAAAUCAAUUGACAAUUUGAAGGAGUUGCGCUACCUUGACCUUUCAAAAACUGAUAUUAGAGAGCUUCCAGAUUCGAUAUGCAAACUCAUCAAUUUGCAGACACUGAAACUCUUAGGUUGCCCUUGGCUUUACCAAUUGCCCAACAAGCUUGGAGCUCUAGUUAACCUGAGGCAUCUGGAGCUGGACAAAAUGUUCUGGAACAAGAUCUCCAUAUUUCCACCAAAAAUGGGGCAAUUGACCAGUUUGCACAAUUUGCACUCCUUUGAGGUUGGCCGCAAUCCUGGACAUGGAAUCGAGGAAUUGAAGAACAUGGUGUAUCUUACAGGAACACUGCGCAUCACAAAGCUUGAGAAUGCAGUGAAUCCAAGAGAGGCUAACUUGAAAGAAAAAAAAAUGGUUCAGAAGGUGGAAUAUAUGUGGAGCAAGGGAUCAAAUGUAGAUGAAACAGGGGACAGAGACGCACUUCUUGAAGACCUGCAACCUCACUUAAAUGUCAAAGAGCUUGUAAUUUGUCACUAUAGGGGCAAUGAAUUUCCAACUUGGAUGAGAAAUGGGCUACUUAGGAAGUUGGUUUCUAUUUCCUUAAGUCAUUGCACAAGAACGAAAAUCCUUUCUCUCGACAAGCUACCCAAACUUAAAGAACUCCACCUUAAGAAUAUGCAGGAGUUGGAAGAUUGGUCCGAGGAGCGUUAUCCAUCCCUCCAAAGGCUUAAAAUCAUUAGCUGUCCCAAGCUUAGAAAGUUGCCUUGUUUGUUCCGUAAGCUAGACGUUCUAGAGAUAAAAAAAUGUGAAUCAUUGGAUGCUAUUCCAUUAGCCCAGCUGGAAGAUAUUACACUUGUGGACAAUCUUGUUCUACAUCAAUUGCCCGAAGAAGAUAUACCAAUCAGAAUUCAAUAUGAAGGUGGCGAAGAAGUAAGUGACACACUGGCCUCUUCAACCUUUUGCCGUUACGUUAAAAUUGUCAAUUGUCCUGAGUUGUGUAAGCUGCCAACGGAACUCUAUCCACAGAGAUUGGAGAUAAGUGGGUGCAAGUCAUUGACUGACCUCUCAGAUGAACAGCACGCAGUACGGCUUGAGCAUAUAGCAUUGGAUGACGAAACAUUGUUGGGAAUGAUACCUAGCACCAGCAGUUUAAUCUCCUUGGUCAUUUCAAACAUCUCAAACAUGAGCUCUCUUCCCAAAUUACCCAGUCUUCCAGGCCUCAAGGCACUCUACAUCCGUGACUGCGAGGAUCUGGAAUGUCUAUUCAAUCAAGAAAACACUUUGUCCCAUAGUUUCACCUCUCUCAAACUGCUGUCCAUUCGGAAUUGUCCCAAGCUUGAAGCGUUGCCUGCUGAAGGGCUCCCCGAUACUCUUGGACUUUUGAGUAUCGCCUCGUGUGCAAGGCUCAAGUCAUUUGGCCCAAAGGACGCACUUAAGAAUCUGACAUCUCUCCAUGAUCUUUACGUGGAGGACUGCCCUAAGCUCCCGGCCUUCUCAGAGGACGGUCUUUCACCUUCACUCCUUCAUUUGUGUAUUCAAGGAUGCCCACUACUUACAGAGCAGUGUCGAAAAGAUGCAGACCUCAUGCUGAAGAACAUCCCAGAUCUGGAAUUCGAUAUGGCACCCACAGAAAUUUCACACUCCUCGUCAUCUUCAUGGUGGACAAAAUUGUGCUGUAAAAUAUAAAAAAAUCGUUGGAGGUGAACAACAGGAGUGGUAAAUGAAAGAAGAAAGUUCAUUCCUUGGUAGAUCUCAAUCGAAUUUUUCAGGAUCUUUAUUAAUUCAGAGUUCAAUCAAAGGAUUGGUUGAUUGGGAACUGCUGUGACUUUUGAAGAUUGAAAAUGAAUCUAUGAUGAUCUUCCGUCUGUGACAGUUUAUGAUCCUUAACUUCUGACAUGGAGCGAUUGGAGGAAAGGAAGAAUUGAAUAUUCUAAGAGUUUCUGGUUUAUCGAAUGGAGCUCGACUUUCUUAGACUGUCCGUAGAAUGCUCACAUCUGGUUUUCGGACGAGUCUAAUGGGAGAAGAGUCGCCUGACACGUUGACUGGCUCUCUCUUUUGGAUUACUUGAAUAAUUGUAAUAAGAGUUGAAUUGCUGUUGUCGACCAUAUCUUAGUGUGCUUCCUAUGUAUACCAUUGUUGAGCUUCAUUGGGCCCUUUCAGUGAAAUCUAUUGCCCGUCCAACAUAUCCAGCAGCAGAGCGCCUGGAUGCCAUUAAAUCAUGCAUGUGUAUAUGAAUGAGGUCGGUCAAAUGUGUGCAAGCCAUUGUGCGUUCGGUUUGUUUUCACUCCUUCCAAAUGAUGCAAUUUUUCUUUCAUGAAGGAAGGUCUCUACAUGUAUUCCUAAACAUUUGUUCUGUAGUACGUGUAGUUAGCAUACCGAUUGCCACCAA